AUGAAAGCUUAUCUGUUUGGGCUCCACAGCCAGGCGAGGGUCAAACAUUUCAGGCUUGGACCUGUCAGUGCUGCGCAACAUCACUGCACAGCCAGAGUGUCUGGAAAUGGGGAAUACGUCAUCAGAGCACGUCUGACUGACUGUGGGAGUGAAGUGAUGUUCACCCAGUGUGCUGUGCUGUAUCACAACCUACUGCGGUACUCUCCUCCUCCAACAUCACCUGGAGACCGAGCUGCUAUUCAAGUCCAGUGUCAAUAUGGAAGACUUCUGGACCAGCAGCAAGACAGUGACGAUCAGCUCAAGAAGGUGAACAAGUUCCUGGGUGAAACGGUCAGCAUCGAGGCCUCUGUAGAUCACCGCCAUCUUCCUCUUUCUCUGUAUGUAGGCAGCUGUGUGGCUACUCUGACCCCAGAUGUGAAUUCUUACCCCAGAUACCCCUUCAUAGACCACCAGGGAUGUUUUACAGACUCCCAGCUGCACAGCUCUAGCUCCUGUUUCCUGCCCAGAGUCCAGGACCAACUCCUCCAGAUUCAACUCGAACCUUUCCUCUUCCUCCAGGACCACAGACACACUAUAUAUAUAACAUGUUACCUGGAAGCAGAGUCCAUUUCAAACGAGGACCCAGUGAAAAAGGCUUGUUCUUUUAUAAGUGGGAGGUGGACGUCAGUGGAUGGUGACGACCAUGUCUGUGAGAGCUGCAGCAGGGUUAAAGAGACAAAUCACUGCACCAGAGGCCCCAAGUCCAACCACAAGAGGGCACUAAGAAGCAAAAAAAGUACAGGCAAACUGAGCUGCACAGGGAAACCGGUUUGGGUCCAAUAAUAUUUCUCCCAUGAAAGCUGACUACAGUGGGAAAACACAAAUAUUUGUAUUGAAGGUAUUGAGUUGAAUAAAAAUGGUGUUUAAGCACCUUUUACGUGCAAG